CGCAUCCUCUCGUAGCUUUCAAAAGAUGUCAAGGUGGCCGCUGUGGUCGAUCGCAACGUUUGGCGGCCUCUGUGCCGCUCUUCUGAGCCUCCAUGCUCUGGAUGCAUCGAGAUCACCCUCUCAAUUGCUUAGGAAGUCAACCCCACCGGGCUUCAGCGAUUUCCAGAAGCAGUACCUGUGCGUGUACUGGAUCGUCAUGUUUGCAGACUGGUUGCAAGGUCCCAACAUGUACACGCUGUACCAGAGUUACGACAUGGAUGUCGGAGCGCUCUUCAUGAUUGGGUUCACGUCGUCCGCCGUGUGUAGCAGUGCCGUCGGUCGCCUUGUCGACACCCACGGCCGCAAACACGCUUGUGUGGUGUUUUGCCUUCUUGAAAUUGUCAUCAACGUGCUCGAACACGUACCGAACUUCACCGUCCUUGCGAUUGGACGUGUCUUGGGUGGCAUAUCCACGGCACUUCUCUUUUCCGCGUUUGAAAGCUGGAUGGUGGGCGAGCACCGCCGUCGACGCUUCCCAGACGAACUCCUAGAAUCAACGUUUGCCCUCGCCGCUGAAGGCAACGGGCUCGUCGCCAUAGGUGCAGGCGUCGCAGCUCAAGUAGCUUCCGAUGCACACGGAGAUAUCGCACCGUUCCAACUCGCAAUUGCAGCGACUCUCGUUGCCUUGCUCUGUAUCUGGCACUUGUGGCCAUCGGACACUCCGUCGCAAUCCUCUGCAGAGCCACACCACUGCGCCACGGCACAGCCAUCUACGCCGUGGACAUGGCCGGUGCUAGGUCUCGGUCUCACGUACAGUCUGUUUGAAGGUGCCAUGUAUGUAUUUGUGUUCCUUUGGGUCCCGGCUCUGCAGUCGCUUUGCGACGACCCGCACCAAGUUCCUGUUGGCCUCGUAUUUGCUUCGUUCAUGCUGUGCUUGGCCAUCGGCGGGAAAGUAGUGCGCGGCGUGCCGCAUAGUUCCUUGUCCUCCGUCUUUGCCAUCCUCCAUGGCGUCGCUGCACUCUGCAUGGCCAUCUCUGCUAUGGAAUGGGGGUUUGGGUGGACGCUCGGCGCCUUUCUAGCGUUUGAAAUCUGCGUCGGCAUGUACUUCCCAGUCGCGGCCACGUUGCGGGCCACCACCUUCCCCGAGGCAACGAUGAGCACCAUCAUGACAACGUUCCGCCUUCCCACAAACGCCAUUGUGCUCGUGGGCACCCAAAUGUUGUCCUGGCCAUUCUCAUCGUCACAUGUCUUUUUGCUUUGCGUGGUGGUCCAUGGGAUUGCGGCAGCGUUAUCCACGACUGUGAAUGCGUCGAUCCAGCACAAAACAUCGAGACAUCGCGAUUGACACGCCCACCCACAAGAUUUCUUAAUGCCUUCUUAAUGUCGAAGCAGACGCGGUCGACAAUUCCGA